ACUGCCACUGUAACAACUGCAGACACAAGUACAGCAGCAGCGUUUAACCGCUUGAACUUCCAGUCACAUACUUGUCUUGAUAUCAUCGUUUAAAAGGAAAAGAUGGCUACAACUUUAAAGGCACAAAACGAGACGCAGAGCGGUGUUUAUACGUUCUCCAGCCGACCGCGUGCCGUUCCCAACCGAACCAAAUACAGAACCUCCGUUGCGCUAAUAAAUGAAGAAGAGAGCAGUUAUGGAAACAUCAUGUAUGACCGGCGUGUUGUUAGAGGAAACACAUACGCUCAGCAAAUCCUACCUGUUACAUCUCAGCCUGAUCCAAUUGAGUUCCUGAGACAGCAGGAAGCCAGAAGGAGAGCUAUAUCCAGAAAACGAUUGAAAGAGCAGUUUGGCCCCAAAACACCAGAACCACUAGAGGGCAGAACCAACAUAGAUGUGCAGACAGAGGUGUAUCUGGAAGAGCUGAGCGAUCGAAUAGAGGAAGUGAGCGUAGAAUGUCAAACGGACAUGUUCCUGGACAAACCGGCAACCCCGCUCUUCAUUCCAGCCAAAUCUGGACGAGAUGUAGCCACACAGAUAGAGGAGGGAGAGUUGUUUGAUUUCGAUGUAGAGGUGCAGCCUGUGCUGGAGGUGCUGGUGGGUAAGACAAUAGAGCAGGCUUUGCUUGAAGUGAUGGAGGAGGAGGAACUGGACAACCUCAGAGCCCAAUGGCAAGCGUUUACGGAGAUCCGCAAUGCUGAACUGGCAGAGGUACAGAGGCUUGAGGAGAGAGAACGGCGCCUCCGUGUGGAGAAGGAAAACCGGAUAAGGCAGCAAAAGGCAGUGCUGGAAAAGGAGAAGGAGACCGCAGAGAAAAUCGCUGCAAGAGCGUUUGCUCAACAGUAUCUCACGGAUUUACUGCCCUCAGUCUAUUCCAAUCUAAAAGAAUACGGCUAUUUCUAUGAUCCUGUGAGGAGAGAUAUAGAGACUGGAUUUCUUCCUUGGCUGAUGACAGAAGUCAGCAACACUUUAGAGCAGAGAAAUGUGGCCAGUACAGUGCUUGACAUGCUCAUUCAAGACAUCACUAACCGGAGAUCUGAGGCUUUCCAGUUGCAAAAAUAAAUUGGAUUCCGUGCUAGAGGUAAUCAAGAUCAUAUUAUAAUAUUACAAAAAUAAUCUGCAUC